GCGACAUUUUGUUGUUGCAGCAUAGGAAAACGGGCGCGCUGGGUAGAUGACAUUGUGAAAUCCCGGGAGCUUAAGUGCAAAUGGAGUAGUUAGAAAAUCUUUCUCAACAAACUCUUUCCGUCCUAAAACAUGCAGAAUUUCAAGAAUUUUGCACCUCGCUCACAACGAACUAGCUAGCUAGAGGUUACAGCAUUUUCUUAAACUAGUUAGCGAACUUACUUUAGUUGCACGAGUCUAGCUGCUGCCAGCUUUGACCAAGAAAAAGGAGAAGUCACAACUUGAAGUUUGAGGGUUGUUCUGCAGGAAUGUCGCAGAAAGAACGACCUACGUUUUAUCGGCAGGAGGUGACCAAGACGAUUUGGGAGGUACCAGAACGCUACCAGACCCUGUCUCCAGUCGGUUCCGGGGCCUACGGAUCAGUUUGCUCGUCGUACGAUCAGAAGACGGGUCUGAAGAUCGCUGUGAAGAAGCUCUCCCGGCCUUUCCAGUCCUUUAUCCACGCCAAGAGAACGUACAGAGAGCUACGGCUGCUCAAGCACAUGAAGCAUGAGAAUGUGAUCGGCCUUCUAGAUGUUUUCACACCUGCUACUAGUCUGGAGGAGUUCAAUGAUGUGUACCUGGUGACCCACCUGAUGGGGGCAGACCUCAACAACAUAAUCAAGUGUCAGAAGCUGACAGAUGACCAUGUGCAGUUCCUCAUAUACCAGAUCCUCCGGGGGUUAAAGUAUAUCCACUCAGCAGAUAUCAUUCACAGAGACCUGAAACCCAGCAACGUGGCUGUGAAUGAGGACUGUGAGCUGAAGAUUCUGGACUUUGGGCUGGCGCGGCACACAGACGAUGAGAUGACUGGUUACGUUGCCACUCGCUGGUACAGGGCCCCAGAGAUCAUGCUCAACUGGAUGCAUUACAACAUGACAGUGGACAUUUGGUCUGUGGGAUGUAUCAUGGCUGAACUCCUCACUGGCAGAACGCUGUUUCCCGGUACUGACCAUAUAAACCAGCUUCAACAGAUAAUGCGUCUGACAGGAACGCCCCCAGCCUCUCUAAUAAGCAGGAUGCCAAGCCACGAGGCAAGGAACUACAUCAACUCCUUGCCUCAGAUGCCCAAGAGGAAUUUUUCUGACGUGUUCAUUGGAGCCAACCCACAAGCUGUGGACCUGCUGGAGAAGAUGUUGGUUCUGGACACAGAUAAGAGGAUCACGGCUGCCCAGGCUCUGGCCCACCCCUACUUCUCCCAGUACCACGACCCAGACGACGAGCCUGAGGCUGACCCCUACGACCAGAGCUUUGAGAGCCGCGAUCUGGACAUCGAAGAAUGGAAACGGCUGACCUUUGAGGCGGUAUGUGAUUUUGAGCCACCCAUCUUCGAUGGAAACGACAUGGAAUCGUGAUUGGGCGAUGUGACUUCUACAAGCCCCUCUCCCGUCAACACCACACAUCUCUAUCACAGAGGUUCCCUCUUAUCAGACGACCUUUUGGAAUAAUAUUAUCAGAGUGCCUACAAACGUUUGUCUAUUGUUAGUUAUAUUUCUUAAGCUCGCGCUCUCUCUCCCACCAUUUUGACUCCGUAAGGUGUUGCAACGUUGAAACGUUACAAAAAUAGUUUGGUCACAGAUUUGUUGGUGCUGUGGCAUGACAAUGGCCAUGGGAGUUGGCUGUACAACCCAAACAGAUAUGGGACCAGGCUAUAACUACAAUGGAAGAUAGGAGAGCGACAUUUUAAGGGCUGUUAAAUCGGUGUUAACAAAUACUGAUUGUGUCUACUACCGUGUAUUUUCAAGGGAGAAACAGAGGCAAGCAGAAAACAACCACUAAUACCAUUAUUGGUCCAUUUCUGAAAAAUGUCAUGCUUCUUUUAUUAUUCUGUCUAUAUUUGUGUCACAAAUGGCACCCUAUUCCCUAUUUAGUGCUCUACUUUUGACCAGGGCACUAUAUAGGGAAUAGGGUGCCAUUUGGAAUAAAAUCUAUAUUUAAACUAGUUUUGUAUUCCUCCUUCAGAAGUUUUAUUAUUAUGAAAAUAUUGCUCACCACUGUAUUCUAUUGCUCACCACUGUAUUCUAUUGCUCACCACUGUAUUCUAUUGCUCACCACUGUAUUCUAUUGCUCACCACUGUGAUAUCCGAAAGAAAUUAGAUGCUGAAUUGAAACAUCUGGAAAAUGUGUUCUGAUUGGAAUCAUUUCAUGGUCUGUAUCAUCUGAAAUGUGUUCUGAUUGGAAUCAUUUCAUGGUGUGAAUCAUCUGAAAUGUGUUCUGAUUGGAAUCAUUUCAUGGUGUGAAUCAUCUGAAAUGUGUUCUGAUUGGAAUCAUUUCACGGUGUGAAUCAUCUGAAAUGUGUUCUGAUUGGAAUCAUUUCACGGUGUGAAUCAUCUGAAAUGUGUUCUGAUUGGAAUCAUUUCACGGUGUGAAUCAUCUGAAAUGUGUUCUGAUUGGAAUCAUUUCACGGUGUGAAUCAUCUGAAAUGUGUUCUGAUUGGAAUCAUUUCACGGUGUGAAUCAUCUGAAAUGUGUUCUGAUUGGAAUCAUUUCACGGUGUGAAUCAUCUGAAAUGUGUUCUGAUUGGAAUCAUUUCAUGGUGUGAAUCAUCUGAAAUGUGCAAUAAUGCUUGUCUGUCACUCGCGCUCCGCCAAUCUACCAAUCACAGCGUUCGUGUCAGACUCCCCUAGCUUCGUUUUCCUGUCAAUCACAGCACUGGUGUCAAGACUCCCAGGCGCUUCAGAAACCGUUGAUGAUCUGCUUUAAUGGAUCUGGUAUAUGACAUAGGAUGUGUCCCAAAUUGAACUAUACUACCUAUAUACUGCAGUACUAAAUGUGGAAGACUAUAUUUCAGUUGAAUGCAUUCAGUUGUGCAACUGACUAGGUAUGUUCCUUUCCUUUGAACAGGGCCCAUAGGGUUAUGGUCAACAGUAGUGCACUAUAUAUUGAAUUGGUUGCCAUUUGGGAUGCACAUAGGGAUUCAUUCUAUUCUUCAACAUUGAUAUGAGCUUAUAAACUUUGUGGAAAUGUUUUAGCUGUGAGAAAUGUUUCAAUAUACCACGUUGCAGAUUAAUUCCCCCUCCCCCAAGUAUUAAACUGUUCAAUACCAGCGCCAGACCAUAGGAUGUUUCAUACCUUUUACGUUUUAGUCAUUUAGCAGACGCUCUUAUCCAGAGCGACUUACAAGAGCAAUUAGGAUUAAGUGCCUUGCUCAAGGGCACAUCGACAGAUUUUUCACCUAGACCGCUCAGGGAUUCGAACUAUCAACCUUUCAGUUACUGGCCCAACGGUUUUAACCGCUACGCUACCUGCCGCACAUUUAGUGCUCACAAACCGUAAAAUCAUUAUUCAGCUAAUUGAAUACCCAACUGAUGUAAUUCUGUCAGAUUCAGACAAUUUUUGUGGCUUCCUCUCGUCCUCAUCUCAUUGAUCUGCACUGAGGUAAAGGAACUGGACAGGAGAAAGCGAAGGCCUGGUAGGGGUCAACCAUAUUGCUUUCAACUGUUCUGUGUUUUCAAAACAGAACUGUCCAGAUGAAGGACACAAUGGAAGGAAGCCACUCGAAUAUUGAGAUACAGCCAGAAUAAAUACAGAGUCAGAAUAAAUAACCGUGAUAGCCCCAGGACUCUAGCCUAGUUGAACCAUGCUGCGCUCUAUUGAAUAGCCCCAGGACUCUAGUCUAGUUGAACCAAGCUGCGCUCUAUUGAAUAGCCCCAGGACUCUAGCCUAGUUGAACCAAGCUGCGCUCUAUUGAAUAGCGCCAGGACUCUAGCCUAGUUGAACCAUGCUGCGCUCUAUUGAAUAGCCCCAGGACUCUAGUCUAGUUGAACCAAGCUGCACUCCAUUGAAUAGCCCCAGGACUCUAGCCUAGUUGAACCAUGCUGCGCUCCAUUGAAUAGCCCCAGGACUCUAGCCUAGUUGAACCAUGCUGCACUCCAUUGAAUAGCCCCAGGACUCUAGCCUAGUUGAACCAUGCUGCGCUCCAUUGAAUAGCCCCAGGACUCUAGCCUAGUUGAACCAUGCUGCGCUCCAUUGAAUAGCCCCAGGACUCUAGCCUAGUUGAACCAUGCUGCGCUCUAUUGAAUAGCCCCAGGACUCUAGCCUAGUUGAACCAUGCUGCGCUCCAUUGAAUAGCCCCAGGACUCUAGUCUAGUUCAACCAUGCUGCACUCCAUUGAAUAGCCCCAGGACUCUAGCCUAGUUCAACCAUGCUGCACUCCAUAUUGACACUUUAAAACCAGAUGGAGUUGAUAUGAGCCACUGUGGGUUUUCAAUGAAUGUGCCAAUCAACGUGGCAUUAAGUAAACUACGAAUAAUAUGUAUUUUUGGGUACAAAAUAAACUCAAAUGUAUGUAAAUAUCUGUUCUAUAUUUUAUUUUUUAAUCUUCAUGACUUCUUUUUUGGUUUGUUGAAUUUAAACAAUCUUCAUUAUCAGCAUGUUCAUCAUUUGUGCGUGUGUGUUUUUAAUAUAUGUCUUAACAGGAGCUUGACGUGUCAUGCUUAAAGCCGCAAAAUAGAAAAAUGUUAAUCGAUGUCAAAAAGAAAUGAGGAAAUUGCGUAGUUAUAUUUAUACUUUGUUGAGGUGGUAUUUCAACUGGAGAGAGAUACUGUUGUUUAUUUCAGCCAAUCCCCAUAGAAGACUGACAUCUAACAGUCUUUACAGCAGAGUAACUAUUACUAUAAUUAAUGCCUUUGUUUAUAAAGAAAUAAAGACAGUUAUUUUUAA